AUGCCAUCGAGUUUAGUCGCGUCUACGCGACAGUGCAAGAGCGCUAAAUCAGCUUCGGUGGUGCCAAAGAAAAGAGCGAGUCCAGCGACGGGUAAGAGACGAACGGCAAACAAAAACAAGAGUAGUUCAUCAAGCAACAAAUCUGAGUUACUGCAAAAGAAGGGUGGUGUUUCAGCAGCAGGGUCAUCAAGUAAGAAAAGUCGGAAAAUUCAGGAGCCGCGUACUUGUGCAAUUGAACUCAAUUCUUCACCCAUCAAGAUCAAAGACGAGUUGCUGCUGAUAAGUGACAAAUAUGAAGUUUCAAUGAUAAAAAGGAAAAGCGUCAUGUUUUCGGACGACUUGGUGCUGGAGUCGCCCAGCUCUCCAGAUAAGUGUCUCACUCCUAAAAGAUCCAUUUUGAAACCGUGCGACCUGAACUCCGUUAAAGAGCUUGUUGACCCUAGCAAUACUAAGCUAUGGGAAAACUCUAAUAAGAGCAAGUCGUAUGGCCCACAAAAUCCAAGUUUUUGGUUGCAAGGCACCGUGGUGCAGAUUACCACAAAUGCCGCUGAAUUGCCUCUAUUGGUUGAAGGGUGCUUAUCAGUAUUGACUAGAAAGUCAUUCACUUUGAGAUUCGAAGUGUAUGCUACACUCAAUGGCAUAUGCAAGUCAAACUCAAACUCAACAUUAUUACAUCUUUUUACUCAACGUUAUGGAGAUUUUAAUGAAACUUCAACACGUGUAAACAGCAGCUCCACAACUACAACUACAACUACAACCACCAGCAAUGUCGAACGCACGCUACCGACAAUUCUUGAAGCGUUAACAGAACAAGCGAUAAAGGAUAUUCAAGAGAUGGAAAGCCAGAUAUUCAAUGAGCGUACUGACAAGGAGAAUCCACCACCUUUAGCCAAGAAUGAUCCCUUUCAAGUGAGGGCUGUAAACCAAGCCUUGAAAUUGCUAAGCUUUUUUAUGUCUGCGGUAGAAUUUACAAAUCGCUUGUCUAUUGAGUGCAUUGAAUGGAUAUACCUACAUUCUAGCUACAUGUUGACACAGCCGCGAAUUUCCAAGAAUUUGGUUUCUCCAUACUUGACUUUAAUCAAGGAAUUUAAUCUUGAUCCCGUUCGAAAAAACGCGCUUUUUGAAAAUAAUGAGUUGAUUGAGAGAAUGAUAUUUGCAAUUGUCAAUCUGAAUACUUUUGCCAGUGUUUCUUUACUCUCAGAGAAGUUUUUGUGCAUCAGAAAUUACUUGACUAAUUUUCCUAAAUUUAUGGCAAAUCAUGUUGAUUACUGGUUUCAGGUUCUUUUGGUUAAUCUUUGUAAUAUUACUCCUACAUUGUUUUCAAGGUGGUUGCCGAAUGGUGUUCAAUGUUUGUUAGAAGCAGCCAAGUUGUUUUUGGACAACUUGAGUGUUCAAAGCUUUGUGAAAAAAUUAUUAACUUCAACAGCUUUAGAUUCCAUAAAAUCGUUAUCACUGAACGACACUUUUGUUUUGCAUUCUGAUGCAAAGAGUUUAACUCAUUUCAAGUUGAUUGAUUGCGUUAUUUCGAGACUCAAAGAAUUGAUACAUGUAAAACAAUAUACAUUGGCCAUGGACAUGUGGAUGAGUUUAACAAUGUUAGUUGGUAACGGGGAGGCACCCUUUGAACAGUGGGAAUACUUGAAUGAGUGGUUAGAAAUUCCUCGAUAUUGUUUCAAUUCUCAAGAUCAAUCAGCAAGAUUGUUGGCUAUAAAUUGUUGGAAGGCCGUUUGCUUCAAUGUAUGCAAAAACGAGAUGGGGAGUAUUAAAAAAGAAUUGGAGCUUGCGCUUUGUUCACCAAAACGCAAAAGGGAGCUGAAUCCAUUAAACCAGGCUACGAAAUUGAAAAUAAAAUUAUUAACACAUAUGUUUUGCAUUUUCGACAUAUCAAUGGUGGACACAGAUGUGGCGAAUGCGCUCCACAAUUUGUUCCUUAGAAUACUAUACCCCAUGGUGUCUCUCAAAAUGAUUAGACACGCAAAAUAUCUACAUAUAUUGUGGGUUAAAGUUAUCCAAUCUAUUCUUGUUAAUUUUUACUUUAAAAAGGGUGUUUCAAACGCGUACCUGAAUGAAUUGGGAUUGCAGGUGUUGACGAAAUUAGUUUCCCCUAUAGGUAAUGCAGCCAAUGACAAAUGCUAUAACGAGUUGAAGAUUCUAUCUCAAGAAGAAAUAAGUCUAAACGAAAUCAAUUCUAUUCCUUCAAAAUGGAUACAUGCUCACUUUGACGUAGUGAUGCAGAACCUCAUUUUAGUUUCCCUGCUGCAGCAUUUACAAUUCGAUCUGAAAUUGGCUUUCUAUGUAACUUUUUUGAAUGCCAUUCGUCCAGUGAUAAAGAGGGAACAGGUUCCCUCUGCAACUACAUUUGAUAUUGUUGAUAAUCUUCCGAUUGUGAUAAAGGAAUUGCUCGAUGGGACUAAUCCCACCUACAAAACGGUCUAUAAAAUUGUUUUGACACUCAAUGACACAUUUGAACCCUCCUUAUUAGUAAGGAGGGCGAAUGCCAAAAAUGAUCCAGAAGGCAAUGUUAAUGUGUAUUUAUCCAUACUAAAAUGCUCCAUAGGAUCAUUAUCAAUAACGGAACAAGAAGAGAUCCUUUCUUUAAUCAUUCGUUCCUUAAAGUCAACUAAACGCCUUAUUUUCAUUGCAGACUUUCUCAAGUUGGCAGACACCAGCAACGAACUUCACAGUUUUCUUGCAAGGACUUUAGAGCAAGGAAGAAUUGAUACGCAAAUAAGGACAAUGAAUUUAUAUGGGGAAAUUUGCAGAACUAUCAGAUGUAGCUAUGAGACAAUAACAAAAAUGUUGAUGCAAACGAUCAUUUCUUUAUCGUGCCGAGAAGAAAUGCAUGAAAGUUUAGUAAAUUUGCAAAUCGAAUUGUGGGAGACAAAUAAGGCAAACUACGUUUUGUUAUUGCUCAAGGAUUCCCCUUGUGAUACAGUUAAUCAAUUUAUUGUUGAUGCUAUCAUUCAUCGUCUCAAGAGCGGUUCGUCGUUUGAAAUGUUGAACUUUUUGGCCAAAUAUGAUUUUCUUAAUGAAUCGUUAUUAGAGACUACUACUGAGCUUCUAUUUUAUGCAAUCAAAAAACUUGACCCGGUUCAGUAUCGAGAAGCUUGUUUUUUGUUGGAAGCAUAUUUGAAAGAAAAAUGUACUCAGAUAGAUAGAGACUGUAAAUCUAAAGUUAUUGAUAACUUAGCAUCUGGGUGUUCUAGGUUUUUAGGUAUGAAUGUGGAUUUUGUGUUUUCAGAUUGUUCUAGUACAAAGUUGCAGCAGCAGCAGCAGCAGCAGCAGCAGUCAUCGCUGUCACCGCCAAAAGUGAGGUCAAAAGAAGCGAGCUUGGGGUCAAGAACUUCUGAUUUUGAAGCAAGCACACUGUUCCUUAAGAGUGAUGAAUCGCCAGAAACAUCUGGAUGUUUGCCGUCAUGCUCGUUGUCGAUUAUUCCUCGGGUUUAUGUUGGAAUUGGCACCUCAACACAACAGGACCUUAAUAACAUCGAUGUCAGCAAAGAAAAAAACACGGUUUCUCUGUUAGUUAACAAGGUUAAUUCCCCAAUAGCCGGCAGCGACAGCAGCAGCAGCAGUAGUAGCAACACGAUGUUUUCCAUAAGUAAUGAAAAUGAGCUUGCUUUACAAGACAAGAGAUCCAUUGAAGAUACUACCAGUGAUGAAGCCACGCUAGCAGAAGAUGAAUUACCAAGUCAGGUUAACUUGACGCAAACGAACGUUCAAGUCUCAAUUACUGGAAAAGAGAGCCAGUUGGAUACUUUUUGUGAAGAUGACAGUUUUAUUAAAGCAGAAAAAGUAGAGGAAGAACUCUCCUCCAACAGGAUAUUGUUGUCAAGCAAGCAGAAUGUGAAAGAAGCUGUUGGAUCCAUUGAAAUUGACAGUUUAACUGAUUUGAAUUCCGAGUUUGAUGAAACUAAGAAAUCUGAGCAAAAACAAUCUCUUGAAGAAAAGAGCUUUCAACGAAAACGCAGCUCUUCAAAUCAUGUUGAAAACCCUUCUUUGCCCUCAAAAAAGCAAAAGAGAGAAUCUUGCAAUGAUGCAAAACCCCACCUUAAAAGUGAAUGUCCUACUAUGAUUGGAAGAAAUAAGUGUACAGACACUAUUUCAUCUGAUGAAACACAAAAAGCAUCAACAUCUCCAAAGAGUUUGCCUCUUGUUAUUGACAAGAUGAAAAAGGAAGAAAGCAAUGCGGGAGCCGUUGUUGUAUCACCAGAUAAUACUAUUUGUGCGACUAAAUUGGAAGAAACCACCUGCACAACACCAUCUCUCAAAUCAGUUGUGGCAGAAGAAACUGAAUCUGAACUAGCAGAAUUGACAACACCGGCAGAGCCGGCCAUAGAUUUCAACUUCGUUUUGAAUGAUAUCGGAUCCUUGAAGCUAGUUCAGUUGCUCUCUCAAAUUCCAAAUAAUGAAUUGAGCAAAUUGAACAAUCACGACGCAUACGAAAUGGAAACACAGCUUCUCAAGUUUAUGAUUAAGUUAAGAGAACUGAGAGAACUGAGAGAUCAAUAA